AUGCGUUCAUAUGACACUCUUUUUCUUUUGAUUUUAAUACUAUUUAUCAAAUGCAUUGAAUGCUACACUCCUGCUGGACGACGAGAGUUGGCAUCGGCAUUAAUAUCAAAUAAACUAUAUUUUUACGGCGGAUGGAAUAAACCGAAUUCAAGCGGAUUCGGACUAAUCGACAUUUUUUAUAUCGAUCUGAGUCAACCGUUUGAUACUUCUAAUCCAACAUUCCAAUUACAGGGAAAUCUAGUGCCAAAGGCCGCCUAUAGUGCGGUUGUUCAUGAAAAUGAAAUUAUCAUUUUUGGUGGAGGUGCAACUGUAAAUUUUCCAGGAAUAAUUAAUGAUCUCGUCAUAGUGAAUGAAACUAAUUCUUUUGUUAGUAACAUUACGCUUACAAGCACGAACAACUCAAAUUCAAAUUCAUGGCCAUCCCCAAGAAGAUGGCAUACAGCUGUGAUUGACUCCAUCAAAGCAAAUAUGUAUAUUUGGGGAGGUGAGGAUAACAAUGGCAAUACUCUUGGCGAUGCAAUGUAUAAACUUGAUGUUUUAACAUAUUCUUGGGAAGUCUCUACUUUAGCGACUCAACCAAACGGUCGUAAACAACAUACAGCGACACUGAUACCUGAUGGAAAAAUUAUUUUUAUAGGUGGAAUAAAUAAUCCUGAUAUAACACAGCUCGAUAUUUAUGACACAAUUGCAGAUCAAUGGUCGCAAAAG